GUCGCAACACCAAAGAUUUUGGUCGCAUUCUGCACUCAGUGAAGGAAUACACGAUCUUCAAUGUCCAAGGGUAUUCUUACUUCGCUUUAGGCAACUUCUAACCACAAAUUAUAGCCAUGAUGGCCGAUCGGAAGGGGAAAUCGCGAGGUAAAAAACCCAAGCCUGAAAACCCAAUAUCCGCAGCCACCAGAGCCUGGCUCAUCUCACUAUCCCCACAAACUCAACCAUGGCAAAGCCAAGAUGAGCUCGAGACGCUCCUUAUCCAGCACACGCCCAAAAGAUUCACAGUCUAUGAGCCCAUGCUGUUACUCCCCAGCGGAAGUUUCAACAAGGGCUCAUGGCCAACCAUCCUCAACCACCAAGACAUUAGCGAGGAUGAGAUCCAUCGCCUGUGGGAGGCAAUCCUGAAAGACGUCUCCAAGACCGGCUCAACAACCCUGACGCAUCUCGCCGUCAAUGAAGGGAUCCCCCUACAAACAGACACAGAUUCUGAGAGCCUAGCUGUGGAAAAGAGCGAGAACAUCCUGCGAACACCAAGCGGGCUCAAGAUUCUCCAUGGCGACUUUGGCCCCUCCAACAACCCCGCCAACCCCACGCCUCAAGAUUUUGAGGGAGCUUUCUGGGUGUCGACUAAGCAAAACGGCAUACAUCAAACAUGGGCUCCUCGAUGGACCAUGUUCAGCCGGGGUAACAUCAAAGAGAAGACGCGCCUCCUCGACUUUCACAGCCAAGCCGGUCCAGAUACCACGUUUCCUCGCCGUCAAGUGCCGGCAUCUGCUCUCAAGAGCUAUUGGGCGGUGGACAUGUACGCAGGCAUCGGCUACUUCACCUUCUCCUACGCAAAGCUUGGACUGAGGGUUCUCUGCUGGGAACUCAACCCGUGGAGCGUCGAAGCGCUCCGCCGCGGUGCCGUUGCUAACGGCUGGCGAGUCAAAGUCAUACAAGGAGAAGACCUGAAUUUACCAGCCGCACAACUCUUCACAGGCGAUGAGCAAAUCACAAUCUUCCUCCAGGAUAACCAGCAAGCCGGGCCCAGGAUAGCAGACAUGCGAGGCUUGGGCACGGAAGUCGACAUCCUACAUGUCAACGGCGGCCUUCUCCCCACCAGCGAGCCUACGUGGCGACCGGCCUGGGACAUCACCGCGCCGUGCGAGAACGACUGCUGGCUCCAUCUUCACGAGAACGUCGGCGUCUACGAGAUUGAACCGCGGCGCGCACAGAUCCAACGCCUUUACGACGGUUGGGCGGAAACGGCAAACGGCGGCGGGCGAGCCGCGACGGUCGAGCAUGUCGAAUUAGUCAAGACGUACGCGCCCGAUGUAUGGCACUGCGUCUUUGAUGUACAUAUUACAAGAUCUAGUAGUGUUACAUGA